UUCUACGCCGUCGUCAAGUUUUACUCUGCCAGAGAUGCCCGAAGAGCCCAGAAGGCCUGCGACGGGAGGCCGCUGGUGCAGAGCGCCCCGGUGAAGGUUCAUCUGGGGAACAGACAUAAAGCAGUUCGACAUCAGACCCUUCCCCUGAGCAGCUCACGAUGCCAAGAGCUGGCAAAUUACUACUUUGGUUUCAAUGGAUGGUCAAAAAGGAUCAUCAAGCUGCAGGAGCUUUCUGACCUCGAAGGAAGGGAAGAAGAGGCUCUUGCUGCGCCGGCCGCACUGGGGAGGCAGAGCCUGAAGUUCCUGUGUGCUGUGGAGGUGGUGCUGCCGGCCUACGAGUGCAGGAGUCCUGGGUGCGCCGUUGUGGAGGAGCCUCUGCAGGAGCUGGAGCAGGGGCCGAUGGCACUGCUUAUGAAAAGGAAGGUGGCCCAGAAACUUGCUACUCAGAAGGCUUUGGCAGACGCGUUCCAGAAACUGUGCAUCGUGGCUUUGGGUGAGCCCUUCUUGGUUGUUCUAGACAUACUUCUGUUUAAAUGAGAAAAUAACUCAUUUUGAAAAGUUGACAAAAAUAAGGGUAUUUAAAACACUGUAUGGUUUUAUUCACUGAAUUCUUUCAUAAAAAUGGUUUCACAUUUGUUUUGGUGACAUUUGUGAGGAAAAAGGGCAGCAAAUGUUGUCCUCAGUUUAUUAAUGUACAACAAUUUGCCAAAGCUCACAGAAAAUGUUUGACUGAAGUCGUCUUUCUCUUGUCUGUCGUACAGAAUUGUGAUUAUAAGCUUUUGACAUCUAGUCUUGAGUCCUAAUUGUGCCUCUUGGAUUUUUAAUGUACUCACAUGUUUAUAGCCGAAGAGAUCUCUAGAUAGUGUUAUAUCUCUAAUGUGAAAUCUCAGUCUACAAAACAAGGCUCGUAAUUCUACCAACCUUGUCGGGAGGUUUUGUAAGAGCACCUGAAAGGAUGAGUGUGAAGUCUCCAGACUACUUUCAUAGGAAGCAGAAAAAUAGGUUCAUUAUUAGUGUAACAGUUUUCUUUCCAAAUAAAUAGAUAAACUCUGCUGAAUCCGUAGUUCAGGCUUUGUCUCCAUUCCUGGCAGUGAAUGAAUGACCCAGGAGAACAUAAUACUCAGCUGCUUUCACACGAGCCCUGGAGGUGGUCACGCUACUGAGUGGCGUUGGGCUCCCUGUGGAGUUUACGCUGGGUGAACGUUCCAGGCUGUGCUCAGAGGAAACUUGGUGAGCAGAGGGUCCCCCGACAGCGCUGCUCUCCUGCUUCUCAGACUGCAGGCUGAGACCCCAAGAAGUGCUCGUCCUGAUCACUUGUUAUUUCUUUAUUUUUUGGUACCAGGGAUGGAACUGAGGAACUUGCGCUUGUGAGGCAGGCAGUGGAACCACUGAACUAAAUCCCAGCCCUCAUUUUUUGUUUUCUGAUCACUUGUAAGAGGUGGUCUCAGCCUUCCAGCCUGGCAGGCCUUCCCUUCCGCAGUCCUCUCCGGGAUUUCCAUCGGUGUCAGUGCUCGUGACCACCUUUAAGAACCAAAGCGAAUGUCUGGCUUGUUUACCUGUGCAUCGUAUGCUGUGGUGUCCCGCGUGGGAACUCAGAACUCCUGGGACCAAAGCUCUGGCUCGGUUUGCUUGAGGAAAGCGGUGCUGUCUCUAAGUAUGUGGCCAGGUGCCGGCGAUCAAGGGUUGCGGUGCUUGCUUUCUUUUUCUGUUUUUAAGUGAAAGACUGGAAAUUUCUUUCUUUCUUUCCCAGCCUCCC